AUGGGGGAAGUCAUUGCGGUUUUUACGGCCAAGCCCAAGCGUAACGCCGUUUUGAAACUUCCGUUUGACAAACAACCGACCAAGUUAUCUUACACACAUUGGUUCGAAAGUCACGACGCUGUUUCGCAGUUCAGAGAGAGCGUUGGAAGCAUCGCAAAGGCGUUGGAAACGGUUUCCCAGUGGCGAGAACAAAGCUCCGCUGCCAAGGUGAGAUCACUGCUUACAACAAUCCUGGAUGCCGAAUUCGUAAGUGCAACCCUAGCUCCCUACGACGUACUCUCAGUCAUGCUUCCCCUAAGUCGGCUGCUCCAAAAGCCGGAUCUGGAAAUGAACAGUGCCUCGGACAUUGUGAAAGGCAGAAUCGUCGUCGUGAGCGAAACGCGGUACCCGUUGAACGUCGAUAAGACUUUCAGAAAACUUUUCGUGCACGCAGAAGACAUUGCCGAGAAUAUGGGAGCCCAAAUAAAUGUGCCUCGUCUAGUGCAACGACAAAUGAACUGGGCGAAUUUGUGUCCACAGACAGCCGAGUCAUACUUCCACGCACACGUAUACAUUCCUCUUGUGGAAUCUGUCGUGGAAGAUCUUAAGCAGCGUUUGCCGGAAAAGUUGCUGGAGGAGUACAGCCUCAACGCACUUUUGCCUCGCCUUGGGAGCGACAAGGGAGCUCGAGCGAAGCUCAGUAUCCUGGCAGCGAAAUACGGCGUGCUCCUCGGAAUGGGAGAUGCAGCAUUGCAGACCAUCGUCAGAACCGAAUGUUCACUGUGGGCGGCGAAAUGGAGUCGCGAUCGAAAGAAGGGGCCUCUUCCAUCGACAGCUGUGAAGACACCUCAAGAGUCAGAGCUUGAGCUCUAUCCCAACAUCAGGAAUCUGCUGCGCGUUCUCGCCACACUGGCAGUUAGUGUAGCGACGGCUGAGCAGUCCUCCUCCACCCUUCGUCGGAUUAAGACUUGGAUUAGAUCGCGGUGUGGCGAAAUGCGACUCAACGGUCUUGCCAUCCUCCACGUCCGUCGAGAUGUCAACUUCAACCAACAGAAGGUGAUAGACCGCUACGCGCAGGGAGCACGACGAAGGAAGGCGAUGUUCGUGCUGUGA